UUGGAGGUCUGUUCACAUUGAUGAUAUUAGAAGAUCAAAAGAGUUUCUUUCCGAUGCUCUUUCCCUUAAAAAUAAACUUAUAAGUGAUCUUUUUAAAGAUCCAUCUGAGGCCAUAGAGAAAGAAGACUCCACUGGUGUGCCACAGAAAUAUUACUCCACUGCAUUGGAAUGUUUGUUUGAUAAUACAAAUUUGGUGAGAAGUUGUGUUCAGAGUGCAGUGAGCAUGCUGAGAGAUGAAGCAAACAGUGGUGAAUUCAGCACUAAGAGGGUUGAGAAGCUGCUCACUCUUCUGGAUGGAAACCAUACUCAAGGAUUGUUUGCAAAAAUUGUGAGGAAGCGACUUCACUCACUGUUAAAGGACAAUGAGGUCAAUAUGCCCAUUCUAAAAAGCUGGGUCCUAAAUGAGGCAUCUAAUGACAGUGCUCUUCAAGAAGGAGGGACGUUCCUGCACACACUGUGGAGGAAAAUCCAAGCAGUUGUCACUCCACUUCUAGCCUACCUGGUCUCAGUCAUUGACCGAGAUUGCAAUAUGGACCUUCUCCUGGAAGAUGAAGAACAAAUUGUGAACUUGUGGCUUGAGAUUUUUGGAAACAAAGAGAUGCUCAGUUUGCCUUACGUCAGGGUGGAAAAGAAAGUAUUAAUGGUACAAAGCCAUGUCACAGGUGGCCAUACCAUGUUCUGCCGCCUGCCCUUCAGUUGGUGGAUCAAAGAGUUCCUAGAUGGGCUCAUGAUGCAAACAUCCAGACAUCAAACUCAUUCAGUUCGUCAUUUCUAUGAUUUGUUCUUGGAAACUCCACUUGGCACUUACAUCUCAGAGAAAGCUAAUGAAAAAAUGAAGAGAGAAUUAUGCAAAAGGUAUCUGCAAGAUUUUGUUUCCAUGACCAUGAAAGUGGCAUCAGAUGAAGAGUUAAAGCUCCUCUGUCAGGCAAUGACCAGCUGUGCUGAUGAAGUACGAAAACGAAAACAAGAUGAUGAGCUUUCUCUUCCACUCAUCCACGUUGCCUAUCAUUUGUACCAAAACCGUCUUCAGAACCUCUCACGGAUGAUUUCUCUUCAUCCUGAAGUUAUUUCCCCUUUGCAAAAAAAUCCGGUGAUUAGCGGUUAUCCGGCAAUGGUUUUGGAUGUCUAUGCAGCCAAGGCAUGUGUUGAAAGCCUGGAACCUUCUAACUUAGAGAAUGAUACUGUCUGCCAGCGCUGGCUGAGGAAGGUGAAGAAGGUGCAGGCUUCUUUGGAGUUGAUUUGCUCCCAAAGCAGUAGCAAAAAAUAUGGUGAGCACUGCCGGAAAGUACUCCAUGAUUUCAGCAAUGGCUGGAAGCGCAUCCACAUCCUUUCUUUUUUUGUUGAACACAUGCUACUGGGUUUCCAAAAAGAAGACCGUCAGCUCAGGACACAUGUCCUAAACACCAUUAAAACUCUUAGCAAUGUUCUGCAGGAAAACUCGGAUGUAAAAUCUACAAAAGGUUUUGAAGCUGUAGUUAAAGUCCUGAAAUCCUGCAAACAGGAGGCAACUAAUCAGCUUUUCAGGUUUGGCCUUGAGUGUGGGGUGUGCAUGAGAGAGCCUCAGGAAACAGUGGGACUGCCAUGCAAUCACAUCUAUUGCUUAACAUGCAUUAAGAACAGCCUUGAUGCAGGACGGACAUCCUGUCCAAAGUGCCGCCAACAAUUACCAGAUGAUUUCCAACCACAUGUUUCUGAAGACAUAAGAAUAGAGUAG